CCACCAACAAUUUCGGAUUCCCACCUCUCCUCUCCACGGAAUCAGGCAAAGCAACCGCCCGGCCCCGCUCCCGCGCGCCGCAGGCAGGCAGGCGGUGAUGGCCGUGGCGUGCGCGCCGCUCGCGGCGGGCGGGUGGGAGGCCGGCACCGGGCUCGCGCUCGGGGGCCUGUUCACGGAGGCGGAGCUGGCGGCGGCGGACCUGCUCGUGCAGCUCAGCGGCGGCGGGGGCGACGAGGCGCCGUCGGAGUCGGGGUCGCCGCGGUCGGUGAACACGUGCGCGGGCGGCGCCGCGGCGUGGGAGGAGGAGGAGCGGGAGGAGGCGGGUGGUCUCGAGCUGGACAGGAGGACGAGGAAGAGGUACCGCCUGGUGUCGGAGCUCUACGGCGCCACCAGGCCCGUGGCCGGCGCCGGCGCGGGCAGCGCCAGGAAGAGGAAGCGGGGUCACGGGCCGCAGGCGCAGGCGGAGAUGACGAUGAGGCAUGGAAAUGACGAGGAUGAAAAAGCGGAGGCUCCCACAUUCUCCUCUAGAUACGACACAUACCAGAGUUGUCAUGGAAUGCGCAGCUGUAGGUGGUGGUGAUUGAUAGUACCGAACUUUUCAAGGGAGAUGGUUCCAAGUGAAGGGUGCCUCAUGUGGUUUUUUAGGACUUGUUUUUUGGACAUUGCAUGUGACAGUUAAUCGUGACUAAUAUAUGUACAAAUGCAUAGUCACCACCCAACUAUGUGUAUAUGAUUGGAUUCAGUAAUCCAUAUAACCCUUUCAUUUCAGUAAUCCAGUAUUUUUUUGUGGUGUUUCUGGUGAAUCGUUUAUUUUUUAGGGAACACACUUGUACAUGCUUGGAUUUAAUAAGAGGGAGAUCCAGUUACAGUAUUUCUUUUAUGUACAUC